AUGAAGACGGUAUUGGUGCAGGAAAUGGUCAGGAUUAACAGGCUAACGAGAAGUCUUGCCAUCUUCGCUUAUGAACAUACAGAAAACUGUUAAGGUGAGUGAACCUUCAGAUAAAUUGAAUAGCUAUUUUUAUACUGUUCUUGGUUGAAGUUUUGACUAAACGUGAAGUAGAAUCCUUAUUCCGUUACAGUCUCUAAGGCAGACCGUGGCCAUUGCCACGGAAAGUGUCUGUGCGCCUUAUAGAGAGUCAGAGAAAAUGACUGAAAAUGACUUACUCCAAGUGUCUAAUGCAUAGAGGGUCAAAUAAGACAGAGACUAACUCUUGAUGUCUGUUUAAAGUGAGUUGACUGUAUUACUGGACCCUCUCGAACUUGUCGCUGACUGAAAGCAGUAAAUACAGUUUCCCCUAAGGUGGAAAUAGUACGUCAGGCAACCUCCGUUAUUUCAAAGCAUGUUGCGUUCAUCUGUGUGCGAUAUUGCGUGAUAUGUUGCACAUUACACUUGUGUCUAGGAAAUCUACCCGAGACAUGUUACCGUUUCCUCUUACCCCUCCCUGCCGGGUAUAUAUUUUGCUCUUUUUCUACGGGGUAGGCGCACUUACAGGAAGUAGUUUUCGCUGCGUGUUUAGGAAUGGGACUCACUAAGACGGUUUACCCGACCUUUUAUAUGAUCCCAGGGCAUGGUUGGUAUGCCCUCUGAACUAGAGGAGGUGGUGGGCGGCAUCCUUAAAGGCAAAAUCCCUGGUCUGUGGAUGAAGAAGUCCUACACAUCUCUUAAAGCACUCGGCAGUUACGUCAAUGAUCUGAUUGCUCGCCUCAAGUUUCUUCAAGAGUGCUAUGACAAUGGAGCGCCUCCCGUGUUUUGGGUAUCUGGAGUUUUCUUCACUCAGGCCUUCUCUGAACGGGAUCAAAACAGAACUACGCCAAAAAAUGCUCCAUUCCUAUUGAUCUUCUAACGUUUGACUUCGAGGUGGCCUCCCCGCACACGUCCUUUGGGGUUCGUUCGUCACUCAUUCAUUUUAGGGAGAAAAGAAUGCGUGACAAACGAACCCCAAAAGACGUCUACGGGAACGCUAACUUUGAGGUUCUUGACGACAAAAAUUACGAAACUCCACCCGAGGACGUUGUCCAUGUUAACGGCUUGUCCAUGGAAGGCUGUCGAUGGGAUCGAGAAAAGAGAGUGAUUGGAGCGUCGCACGGGAAAGCUUUGUAUGACAGCCAGUCAAAGUCAAAGUCAAACAUCAUAUUAUCCACUCCCCUCAGGGCUUUUCAGGGAUAAUUUACAACACUGGUUGGGGGACUUUGCCAGACUGCUUAAGGUGCAGUUUACAAGUAAUGAAGGAAUGAGUAACGAUGCCCCCAUACAUGAGUGUGAAAGUGAUAUAGACCACUACACCGGGCACUACGUGCCCUACUCUUUACGAAGAGUGUGUGGGUUCUUUAACGUCCCACAGAUUUUUUAUUACAUGUGCAAGGGCUUGUGAGACGGGGCCUACGGUUUAUCGUCCUUAUCCGAGAAGACUAGAAAGUCAAACCGUUUGCAGAUGUUAUUACAAAGGCAGCACUUUCUCCUCAGUUAUUUAAAGACCCUGAGUGUUGAUCCGGCCGGGGUUUGAACCUACGGCCUCCCGCUCAGCAGACCGGCGCUUAUCCCAUGCCUGUUAUGUGGCUCAAACCCUGCAAGAAGGAAGACAUUGUUGACCGGCCGCAUUUUGUCUCCCCUGUUUACAAAACAAGCGAGAGGAGAGGUACGCUCUCUACCACAGGCCACUCCACUAACUUUGUGA